AGUACCCUUCUCAAAAUUUAGAGAUUUGUUUUUUGGGGAGGUUUGUUGAUUGUUAGUUUUUAUCUCUUUGCUGUUGUAAACUGGUUUAUAUGGCAACAUAACCUUUGCCAAACCAAGAAACAAAUGAGAAUGAGAAAGAUUGCAAUAUGACUUGCAUACAUGAAACUGGUUCCCUGGUGACUCAGGUUAAUUGGGGUUUUGUUUUUUGUUUUGGUGCUAUGGGUCCUAUGGGGGUAGUUAUAAGCCACUCCUCUGUUAUGGUUGGUGAUUCUCUGGUCAUGUUUGUGAGCGUGUUUUAUUCACAUACAUGUUAAAUCCACGUCUGGAACAGUCCUUUCAGCUUGUGGAUAGAACUCCUGAGCUGUGGGGUUGGACACAGGUGGACUUUGGGGUUCCGCUGGAGACCAGGUGACUGUCACUGCAGGAAAUUCCUCAUCAAAUUGGGUGCGUCUGUUUUUAUUGUUCUAUCAGGUGCUUAUUGAUUCCACAGGUGGGUUUUAAGCCACUCCUGUGUUAUGUUUGGGCUCAUUAUGUCUCAUGCAAAAAAGAGUUUAUUUUUGAGUAUAGUCAUACAGCAGUCUGCCACUAUAUUGCCUUUGCUGCUUAAAAACGACAUAUGUACACGUCUUUUCUGCUCUAGAACCUACUAGAUUGCUGACACUCAUGGGACAGACACAUGCUUAAGCAGUUUUCUAAUGAAUUAAUUUGAUGAACUAAAUUACACAAGAAAAUACAUUAGGGGGGUCUAUGUUAACAGUUUGGAAUGCCCACCAUAACCAUUACAUGACUGCUCACUUUAUCGUGGUUUAGAGUUCGAUUCAGAUUAAGAUUCAGAGAACUUUAUUGUCAUUCACUUUAUGUCCCAAGUACAUAUAAUGAAUGGGAUUUCAUUUUACAGGCUCGGAAGAUCACAGAAGUUAAAGGCAAAGAAAAACACAAUAAGUGUUACAGUGUCCUUGUCGAAAGGCUACAAAGCAUUCAAGAGCCUGAUAGCCUGGCUUAAAAACACAGCCCGUUUCCAGUGUCCUGGACCGAAGGAAGAGAUGAUUUUCUCCAAUGCCCUCACCACCUUCUGGAGGCUCUUCCAGUGUGCAGCUGAUUUCAAUAAGCCAAAAAAUGAAAGCAAGGUGUUUAAUGAUCCCAUUCAUGGGCAUAUGGAGUUACACCCACUUCUCGUCAGAAUCAUAGACACACCUCAGUUCCAGAGACUGCGAAACAUAAAGCAGCUUGGAGGAGCCUACUUUGUUUUCCCUGGAGCCUCCCACAAGCGCUUUGAACACUCGAUUGGGGUGGCAUACUUAGCAGGAGAGCUUGCGAAAGCUCUGCAAACAAGGCAGCCCGAACUCAACAUCACUGAUGAAGACAUCCUUUGUGUGCAGAUUGCAGGACUUUGCCAUGACCUGGGACAUGGGCCCUUUUCUCAUCUGUUUGAUGGAAUGUUCAUCCGCAAAGCACGAAAAGAUAGAAAUAAGUGGAAGCAUGAGCAGGCUUCUCUGGACAUGUUUGAACACCUGGUAAAAUCUAGGGGUCUGAAAGACGUGAUGAGGCACUAUGGCCUGAAGCUGCCAGAGGACAUGGACUUCAUCAAGGAGCUGAUUGAACGACCUCUGGACACUACUGAAGCUAAAGAAAAGAAGUGGCCAUACAGAGGUCGCAAACAGGAAAAGUCCUUUCUCUAUGACAUUGUGUCCAACAAAAGAAACGGCAUUGAUGUGGACAAGUUUGACUACUUAGCUCGGGACUGCUACCACCUGGGAAUCAAGAACAACUUUGACCAUCGUCGCUUCUUUGUGUUUGCCAGAGUGUGUGAGGUGGACGGGGUGAAGCAAAUCUGCUCAAGAGAGAAGGAGGUGCACAAUCUGUAUGAGAUGUUCCAUGCAAGGAAUUUUCUCCACAGAAGAGCCUACCAGCACAAAGUGAACAAGAUCAUUGAGGUUAUGAUCACAGAUGCCUUCUUAAAAGCGGAUCCAUACAUCCAGAUUGAAGGCUCAGGAGGGAGGAUGUUCACUCUCUCCACCUCCAUAGAUGACAUGGAGGCCUACACCAAGCUGACAGAUGGAGUGUUUGAACAAAUACUCAACUCUUCCUCCCCAAAGCUCCAAGAUGCCGGGCAGAUUCUCAACAGGAUCGGAACUCGAGAGCUCUACGAGUGUCUGGGCAAAAUGACCAACAUUUUCACAGAGGAGUCGAAAAAAAAAUUGGCUGAAAAAGGGCUGACAGAAGAGAACUUGGAAGAAAAGUUGAAAAAAGAAUUGGCUGUAAACGGGCUGACAGAAGAGGACUUUGAAGUUGUGGUCACUAAUUUGGACUAUGGGAAGAAAAAUGAGAAUCCCAUUAAAAAUACAUAUUUCUACAAAAAGCGGAAGUUUAACGAAGUAUCCACUAUGCGCAAAGACGAGGUGUCCAGGCUUCUCCCACAGCACUUCUCUGAGAAGACAUUCAGGGUCUACUUGAAGAAGAAUGAGAAACUGAUGGAAGCCAAGACACAGCUUAAAGAGUGGGGUGAAAGAAACAACAUUAAAAUCCUUGAGGACUGAAAAACCAGAGCUCAUCACUGGGGAAACAGCCAAAACAACAUGAACAUGUAGAUUAAGGUUUUCUGGAGCCCUGGUCAAUAUUAUACAUAGAUUUUUGUUUUAGACUACACUCUCCAUCUGCAGCUGUAUAUUCCACAUCUAAACUGAAUCACUCUUUUAUACCACGUUUGUACCAAAAGCAUGUCCUUCCUUUUCCAGAAUUCCAUCCGGAAAUCUUUUGCGUACAAUCAAACAUGGUUAAAAGAGGUACAUCAAACCUGCAAGCAAAAUUACAACUGUGUAGUCUGUCAUUUAAAGUAAACACUUAUUUUGUGGUGUGUGGAUUUCAAAUAUUUAGUACUAUUUGCUGUUAAUGUUAAUUGUGUGAGUUAUCAAACAAAUCUUUACUUUGAAUGAUUUUUGAAUAGAGGUUGUAUAAGGGGGUUGUGGUUAGUCACUGUGUACUUUUCCUGUGUUGCUGAAACUAUUUAAUUGGUGGUAUCUCUUAUUUUAUCUUGUUAUCUCAUUUGAAUGAUUAUACCUUUUGAAGUUGUCUCAGUCCAUAUGAAAUAAGAAUUUAAUCAUUUUUUAACGAAUCUUUUAUUGCUGUUAUGAUCACAUUAUAUCAAAAUUUUUCACUGCAGUCAUACUAUAUAGGUCAACUGGCUUGUCAAACCUGUCAAAAGUCAGUAGAAACUUUCAACUAUAAUCCUGUUGAGAUGGUCUGAUAUCAGAUUGUGCCUGAUCUAUUUGAAAUAAAGGUUUUUUUUCUCUA